UGCACGGUGAGGUCAGCCCCGCCUCCCAACUUCCGCUCUUAUUCCUUGCAGAAAACGCCAGCAUCUUCUCCGAAUCUCGCUCUUCUCGCGUAUUCGCCGCGCAGUUGCGAUGCCUCGUGGAAGCAGAAGUCGCACUUCCCGUGUGGCCCCUCCGGCCAGCCGGGCACCUCCAAUGAGAGCUGCACCCAGGCCAGCGCCAGCAGCUCAGCCACCAGCAGUGGCUCCACCAUCUGCUGUUGGCUCCCCUGCUGCUGCACCCCGGCAGCCAGGUCUAAUGGCCCAGAUGGCAACCACUGCAGCUGGCGUGGCUGUGGGUUCUGCUGUCGGCCACACUCUAGGUCAUGCCAUCACUGGGGGCUUCAGUGGAGGGAGUAAUGCUGAGCCUUCAAGGCCUGACAUCACUUACCAGGAGCCUCAGGGAACCCAGCUGACACCGCAGCAGCAGUCUGGUCCGUGCUUCUAUGAGAUGAAACAGUUUUUGGAAUGUGCCCAGAACCAGGGUGACCUUAAGCUUUGUGAGGGUUUCAGUGAGGUGCUGAAACAGUGCAGACUGGCGAAUGGAUUAGCUUAAUCAAGAAGUUGCAAUUGAAGACAUGAAAAAUCAUCUCUCAUGACCAAGUUGAUUUAGCAUAGAAAUCUAAUUGAUAAUGAAGAGAUACGAAAGUGUGAAACCACUAGUUAAACCUCUCCUCUAUCAUUAGUAGCUUUUUUUGCUUCAGAAUUGCAGUUGGAAGAGGGUGUCCUUCCUAAACAGAAGUUCACUGAGAUGACAUUGAGUUUGGGGCUGGCAGGUGUUUGGCCUCUUAAACGUGUUUUUCUGAUGUUACUGUUUGUUAAUUAAUUAGAAUAAAUGAUUUUCUUUCAAAA